AUGCCACGCAAAAAAGGAAAUUUCAAGGGAAACGCCCGUGGGGGAUCGCUGAGAGGUGGUCGUGGGGGAUCUCGUGGAGGCGGCCGUGGAGGAACUAACUACGGCCGCUUCUAUCUCAGUAAGUCUGCCAAAAGGAAAGGCAGAGGCAAAUUGAAUCCCAGAUCCCUGGGUGGCUACGAGGACCCUGAACUCAUGGACCUCGGCGCAGACGAAUAUAUGCCAGUGGUUGAUCUAGAGCCUCCGGCGCCACUGUCGAUGAAAGCUCUUUCUAGAAGACCUAACAGAUCCAUGGUGGAGGAGGCUAGAUACACCGAUAGACACCUGGGCCAGACUAUGAAGGAGCCGCUUCGAAACAAGCCUUUGGUGUUUGUGAAGUCUGUGGAAGUGUACGAUCCAAGCAAGUUUACGGUGGACCGUCUUUUGAAGAAGGAACCUUUUGAGAUCACCCAGGAACUCGAGCUGCUUAGGGUCGAUGACAAGGAGGAGAAUGGUGGCGUUGACGAGGACGUGUCAAGCGAGUCUGAAGCUACAGAAGCAUCCAGCGAAGAUCGUGAAUCUGGCGACGAAACUGCCAAGGAGGAGUUAUCUGAAAGUGCUAAAGAGAGCGAUGGCGAAACGGAAGCAGAGAAGGAGGCACGUUCCUCUGACGACUGCCAGGAACAGGCAACCAUCGAUGUGGAAAUGCAUCUGGAAUCUGACGACGAGACGACCUCGGUGGAGGCCUCGGACCCGGACGAUGAUGAGCCCUCCUUCGUUAUCGACGAUCAAGGUGACGAAACGAUAUCUGCCCUCUACAGCGCACCAAAGGCUUCUACGAGUGAGGUGAUCCAGGAGGCCCGUCUCAGAAUGCCCACGUCGGAACCAGAUCUGCUCAACGUCGAUCUCGCUGACCCCGUGGCCCAUCUUGAGCACGAUCCAUACUUCUCAGUUGGUAAGGUUCUUCUUCGCACAGAGAUUGACGAAGAUGGCUCUCUUGCAGCUUCCAUACCUCGUGGCAACGUCGACAGGAGCGGCACAGGGUUCAAGGAGCUCGACAGCGACUACUAUGAGGAAUAUUCAGACUCUGAUUCAGAAGGUGCUUUCGAGGACUACUUGGCUCAAAUCAUGGGUGCCAAUGAUGCCCAUGACGACUACGACAGCAUGAGUGAGGAUGGCGCCAACGGAGUGUACUUGAGUGAAGACGAUGGUCUCGAUGGAGUUCAUGUUUCUGAUGAAGAUGGCCUUGAAGGAGAUGACGACGGUCUUGAUGACAUCUUAUCUUUCGCACAAAACCAGCAAAAGAGCUUUGCUGACAUUGAUGUACCUCCAACAAAGACGCUUCGCGCCAAGGGCCGUACCAAGAAGCUCAGACUCGAAUUUGAGGAGGCUGUCGAUGCCGAGCUUCGUGAGUCACUCCUCGAGCAAUUCCAGUACCAAAAGACAUCAAGGCGAGAGAAAAAGCUACGCAAGAAGGAGAGACUCAAGAACGAGGGUCUUGAGAAGAAGGACCUCUUUGUCAAGUAUGACUACUCCCUACACAUCCAAGACAUUAAAAUGGAGUUUGAGGAUUUCUUGCAAGAUGCUGAAAGGGAGAACAUGAGCUUCCCGCCCUUGGAUCCACAUGGUAACAAGACAGUUAACAAACUCGCAAAGCACUACAACAUGAAGUGCACAAGGUGUGGAAACGGCCGCCACAUUUUCAUGAAAAUAAGCAAGGCUCGCAAGACUUUCCACUACCUUCCCGACUACAAUCUGAUAAAUUACGUUAUGAAGCAACGCCCGAUCUUCAAGAGGUCUGACGUCAAGAAACGGACCAGAGAGGAGAUUGAAGAGGCCGAUGAAAAGGCAAGUGGCAGACGCGGCCCCAAGAACAGAGCGUACGUUAAGGAAGGUGACGUUGUUGGUGGUGAAGCUCCUGAAAUUGCCCAGAACAACAUUGGUAGACAGUUGCUUGAGAAGUUGGGUUGGGUUAAAGGUGAAGGUCUUGGUGCUCAUGGAAACAAGGGUAUCAGUGUUCCUCUCAUGGCUACAGUGAAGAAGUCCAAGACUGGUUUGAAGUGA